CUCGAUUCCUCCUCCGCACCCAUCAACACCGACGACCCUUUCUUCAUCCGCUGGUCCUAAAUCAGCCAAUCUGUACCCCUUCUCUCCCCUCUCCUCUCCUCUCUCUCCCCUCCCCUAUCCGUCAUCUUCUCCGACUUCGCUGCCUCCACGAGUUUCAGUCAAGUCGUUGUGGCUCUCUCCAUCCCUUACUACAUCGUUUUCACCACCUGUGCAAGAUUUCUCAUCACCACCGCCGAUCCCCAUCACCAUCGCCGAUCCGCCGACCCCCAGUACUAGCGAUGAAGUUCUAGGCGGGGCAGGCCACCCACCUUCGAAUGGUGUUGGUCCUACGGACCGUGAAGUGGUGGUGGGGCUGCGGCGGCUUAAUUUCUAGAGACAAGGAUUGGGGAAGUUUUCCGAUGGGUUUUUCGAUUCUGUCGAUGGACUGGGCCCAGGUGAGGAAGGGUUGGGAAAGUUUUAUAGACAGAGAAGGAUUAUCGACGUUGACGCCCAGCACAGACGUUGAAGACACCUUCAGAUCUAGUGGACAUUUUUAAUGAGAAGAAGGGUAUGAUGAUCAGUGAAGAUUCACUAUAUUUCACUAGUUCCAAAGUCUGAUUAAAUAAUUUUAUGAUGACAUGUACUUAUAUGUUUUAUGAUGAUUAGUGAGAUUUCACUAACUUUCUGGGUCAAUGUAGUUGGCCGUUGCUGAUUUUUGUAGCCGACGGCAGCCGUCCUGCACUGUAACUUCCGUUUCUCUCAUCUCUUGGGAGGUGACAAAGCUUCCUCUGCUCUGUCUCUCUCUCUCUCUCUCUCUCUCUCUCUCUCUCUCUCUUCCGAGCACUUUCUCUCUCUAACUGAGAGAGAUGGGUGACACUGCUGUUGAUUUUUUCCUGGAGACCUUGCAGCAUCUUAUAACGAGCUCCAAUCUUGAUUUUAUCUUAGAGGAGAAACAUCAACUUCAAUCUCUUGGAGAGGAGAUAAAGUACUUGAGAUGGUUCCUCACGAUUACGGAGAAGAAACGCAACGAGCAUUCAGAAGUGAUGAAACUGGUGAAGCAGAUUAGAGAUGUGGUAUCCGAGGCAGAGAACAUUGUAGAACUGUUUGUAGAUCUUGUUUCGAAGGUUGAUCUCGCCUCUAAUACUCUUCGUGAACACCAGGAUCAGCUUUCCAUUGACCUUGAAAGGGUCAGAAAGGAGAUCACGAAUCUUACGGCUGAGGUGAAACAGAUUUACAAGGAGAAUAUGUAUGACAUGAAUGGAAAAGCAGUAAAAAGACUCAAGCACUCUUCUACUGGAAGUGGAGUAGGAGGUUCAAGUUCAUUAGGAGGGAGCAACGCACCCAUAGAGGUGAAAGAGAAGGUGGUGAUUGGUUUCGAGGAGGAGGUAAAGAGACUAAUAGACAAGCUUGAUGACAGAGGAGAUGGCAGACAAUUGGAGAUUAUAACAAUAAUCGGUGCAGGUGGAGGUGGCAAAACUACUUUGGCCAGAGAAGUGUAUGAUCACCGUUUCACAUCGUAUACCUUUGACAUUCUUGCAUGGGUUGAUGUUUCUCAAUAUUAUGAUAAAACUAUGAAGAAGAAUUUGUUGAUUCGUAUUUUGGAAUCAGCUUCCGCACGAAAAGAUGAAGAUUACAAGCAAUAUAGCGAGGAUAAGUUGGGAGAAAUGGUACACAAAUUCUUGAAGGGUAGAAAAUAUCUCAUUGUCAUGGAUGACAUAUGGGGCAUUGAACCCUGGAAUGAUAUCCAAAGAUCAUUCCCCAAGGAAUGCAGGGGGAGCAAAGUGUUAUUCACAAGUCGACUACUCGUUCAACCUGAUAGCGUCCGCUGCGUCCCUCAUUAUUUGGAUCCCUUAUCAGAAAGUUGCAGUUGGGAGUUGUUACAAAAGAAGGUAUUCGGAAACGAUGAAUGCUCACCGAAUUUGGUGGACAUCGGUAAGCAAAUCGCAGAAAAAUGUAAAGGACUACCACUUGCGAUUGUCGCAAUAGCUGGCAUUCUGGCAACGGAAGACAAGACACUCUAUGUGUGGGAGGAAGUUGCCAAGCAUUUAAGUUCGAUCAUUGCCAAAAACCAGGAGGGCUGCAUGGAGAUACUAGAACUUAGUUAUAAUCACCUGCCCCUUCAUUUAAAAGCGUGUUUUCUUUAUAUUGCAGCACAUCCCGAAGAUUAUGAAAUUGCUGUACGCGAGCUGAUAUGGUUAUGGAUCGGGGAGGGAUUUAUUCAGCAAAGUGAGGUGGGGGAAAGCUUGGAGGACAUAGCAAAAGAUUACUUAAUCGGUCUUAUUGAUAGAAGUCUCAUAAUGGUAGCUAGGAAAAGUAAAUCCCGGCGAGGAAUUAAAACAUGUCGUAUCCAUGAUCUUCUGCGUGAAUUAGGCUUGAAAAAAGCUGAGGAGGAUAAUUUCAUUGUGAAAAUUUACGAGGAUGAUCCUCUUUCACCUUCCUCUACAAAUAAGCAGCGUCGCCUCUUCAUUAGCUCUCAGUUCUUUCAUAAGUUUUCCUCAAGGCCUCGUGCUCAAAACCUUCGUUCUUUUAUGUGCCUCUCCUUGUCAAACUCCCCGCCUUCCAAACAAAAUCUGUCAUUCUUUGUUGAAAACUUCAAACUUCUCAAGGUGUUGAAUUUUAGGUCCGCUACAAGCCUAGGAGAAAUAAGAAAAGGAGAUCUAGUUCAUUUGAGAUACUUAUCACUUAGGAUACCCCACGACCUUAAGCACCGUGCACCGUUAUUUAUUCACUACCUCUCGAACCUAGUAACCCUUAACCUCCAAGUUGGGCAUUGGACCAAGAUUUCAUUGCCUCUCGAUAUACUUAAGAUGGUUCACUUGAGGCAUCUAUAUACUAGAAGGGGGAUAUUCGAAUAUCAUGUUUCUUAUGAUUAUGAAGAAGAGGGGAAUAUGUUAGAUAGCCUACUUACCUUGCACCGAAUAUGUCUUUGUGAGCAUUGCCAUAGUUUCUUGAGAAGGACUCCCAAUCUUAAGGAGCUAGGACUGACUUCAAGUCGGACAGAGGAUCGUGAUGUGAUGCUCCGUGACCUAGAGUUCUUAAAAUGCCUCGAGACACUCGUUGUCGAACCAUGGAUGCUGACCAAGCAAGUGACUGGGCUGAAGCUUCCUCCAACUCUUACGCGGCUAACUUUUAAAUCUACGGACCUCAAGUGGGAGGAGCUGUCAAUAAUCCUCCAAACCCUGCCGAGCCUUGGGGUUCUCAAAUUAUUAUACUCCGCCUGUUGGGGAGCAGUUUGGGACACAACUGAACUUGAGGAGGGGUUCUCUCAGCUCAAGUACUUGAAGUUUGAGCAGCUGCAUAUCGAGGAGUGGAAUGCUUCCGCAGAUCAAUUUCCGAGACUUGAGGUUUUAGAGAUUGAAUGGUGCGAGUAUCUGAAGGGGAUCCCACUUGAUUUUGCUAAUUUGUACGACCUUCGUGAAAUUAAGUUAUUCCGUUGUAGUCAAUCCGCUGAGGAAUCGGUCAGGGAGAUUCAGGAAGAGCAAAAAAGUAUGAAAGGAGAUGAUGAUUGGCUAAAUUUCGCCUUGCAGCCGUUGCCUGAGGAUUUGUUGGGGUAGAUGAGGAGAACAGUUGGAAGUGAUUGAGGUAAUUAAGCAAAUUUUUUAAGGGCUAAAUAUCAUUGGGGUAGGGUCGAUCAGACUGGUCAGAAAGUGGGGCUAGAUGUAUUGGCCUGCUGUUGUUCAAACAAACGUGGAAGAAGGGAUUCAAUGGUGACUGGCAUUUGGGUUGCUGCACUUACAUUGCAGGUUUUCAUUGCUGGACUGUUGCUACUGAUAUUUUGGAGGUUUGUGAAAUUGAAGAAGGCGUAGUGAUGUUUUGGAAUUUUUUUCGUAAACCAUAUAAUUGAAUGAUUGAUCAUGUGUGUUACUUUUAUUUCUGGGCAUGAGGUGUUAUUCCUCAUUCAGCCUCUUUUUUCUUACUAGUAUUUUCUAUCAGGUUGGCAUCUUGCCAUCUAGUCUCAUUUUGGGUGCGGAGCGGGGCAUAUAUGAUUGUCACGGGUCUAGGUACCAACAAGUUGGAAUGCUUUCUCAUUUUGUCAGUAAUGUAUAUUUUUGCAUGUCAAUAUAGGGCAGUUUUCUUAUAUAUUA